AUGGCCUCUUACACUCGAGACAGCCGAAGUGCGGUGAGAGCUCAACGACGAGACUCUUCAUCUUCAUCAUCUUCACACACAAUGUCAAACCGUCAAAGACCACGCCUUCUACGCUCAAGUGCAACUGAACCUUCAAUCACCGUCUCCAAUGCUACUGGAAACUCAUUUGCUGGUCCUGAGUCGCCACAUAGAGCAACUGAUCUUCUCAACCGUGUUGCCGUCUAUUCUCCGUCUCCCGAGCCCGCCUCCACUCCAGCUGCCAUCCCACGCCAUUCUGGACCCAUGUCCAUCUGCCGUGAUCAUCGCGAGCAUUCUCCUUCCAGCAGCCCUGGAAGUCAAUCCGUCGCCAUGUCCGACUCUCCUUCCGGUAUGAUUUGCAGAUUCAUCACGAACUCACCACAAACUGACAAUAUCAAAGGUUACUACUUCAGCUUCCCCAGCUUUGAGGAAUGGAACACAGAACACCAGGACGACAUGGCCAAGGACUCUGAUGAUUGA